AUGUCCACAAUCUCUAAAUCGAAUUUCUCUCAAGGCAACUCGAACUCUCUGGUACAGUCUUCGCCAAUUCCCGAGGCUUAUUCGCUUCAGUUCGACGAUUAUCCAGGACUUGUGCUUGUUUCUCAACCGCUCCAAGAAGAUAAUUAUGCUUCAUGGUACAGAUUGAUGCGUCUUGCGUUUAGUGACAAACGCAAGAUUGGCUUCAUUGAUGGUUCUUUGCAGAAACCAUAUCCAAUUGUUCAUCCAGUGCUCGUAGAAUCUUGGCAAUGCACCAACGACAUCGUCACGACGUGGUUGCUAAACUCGAUCUCCAAGGACAUUGCUACGAGCGUGAUCUAUGCGGGUUCAACCGCUUUCUUUUGGCAGGACCUGAAGACUCGUUUCUCUCAAAGCAAUGCACCUCGCAUCUUUGAGCUGAAACGAUCUCUCAUGUCACUGACCCAAGGCUCUCUCUUUGUUUCACAAUACUUCACGAAGUUGAAGAUCCUUUGGUAA